AUGUUUCACAACCAUCCCUGUAGUAGUUCAUGGAUGGUUUGUGAUCCGUUGAGUAGAAGAUUGUCAUCAGAAGAAAAAGAGAACUUGAAGCCAGUAAUAAUGCACUGUGAGUCAGCAGAUGAAGUUAUCGAAAGUAUCAAGGAUAGAACUGGUAAGCAGGUAGCCGAUGUCAAAGCUAUGAAAGGUGAACUCUCUACUGGUUGUUGUACUCGGAAGCACGUAAUGGAUAUGCUGAGACAAACAAGUGAGAGAACAUUUAGAAAAUAUGCCACAAGAAUAUGUUUCAGUAGUUAUGACCAAGUACAGUUGUACAGGAAAUAUCCAGAAAAUCUGUGCAUUGAUUCUACGUACAAUACUAAUAAUAAAAAGUGA